CUCUCGGAUACGACAUGAUUCCGAAAGCGGUAAUAAUAGAUCUGACUGCAUGCAGAUACGCUUGGAAUGCUGAUAUUUAAGUAUCGCUGACGGCUAUGUUUACUCUGCUGUCAAUAUGCUGAUUUUCUACUUUCUCUUUGCUUUACUACUCCAUCCCAUCAUGGCGAAGGCUCAAGUUGAAUUACACGAUUUCUUUGCCCUGCAAAAGGUCGCCUUUGACUGGGCUGACAGCUACGAUUCCAAGGACUGGGACCGUCUUCGCGGUAUCGUCGCUCCGAACCUCACCGUCGACUACACCCAAAUCGGCCUUAGAAAAUGGGAUCCCAUGCCUGCUGAGGAGUACCUCCAGAUGGUCUCCAGCCCAGACUUCCUUGGCGAUCCUACAAUCAAAACGCAGCAUCUCCUCGGUGCCACCGUAUGGGAAAAGGUCUCGGAUGACUUUGUCAUUGGCCACCAUCAGUUGCGAGCGGCGCACCUGGUCUAUACUGAUCUGGGGCUGACUGAGGUUAAGCUUAAGGGACAUUCGCAUGCGACAAAUGAGCACUACUAUCGGAAGGUGAAUGGAGUGUGGAAAUUUGCGGGGUUGAAGCCGACGGUGCGGUUCAACGAGGAUCGGUUUGACGAUGUUUUUAAGGCGAUGCAGUAGUUUUUAUUAUUAUUAUCUGUCUGGAGCUAAAUGGUACUUAUUAAGGGAG